AUGGGCCGAGUUGGCCUUAGCUGUCUGGUGCCGGAGUUGGUGCAGCAGCCUCCCUCCACUCCCAGCAUUCCUUGUGGCUGGUGCUGGUGGCAGGGUCCUUGCAGUCCCAUCUGGGCUGCAGCCAGUUAUCCAACGUACACCCCUUGGCAAGAGAUUGACUGGGCCUCUCCUGGGGCUGCGUUUGCCCCCCUAGUGGAUCCCUGGAUUGAGCAGCCCUGCUGUGGGCACCCUGUGUGUGUGUGCGCGGCCAUGGAGCAGAAGAGCACAGUGAGUUGUGAAGCCACAGAAAAGGGUUCGCUCACUGUGCACAUGCCCGACCCACGACCCCUCAGGGUGGACUUCCACUGGGUGCCAGGCUCAGACCCAGGCACCUUUGAUGGCUCCCCAUGGCUGCUGCACCGCUUUUUGGCCCAGCUGGGCAAUUGCAUGUCUUUCCACUUUGAGCACUGCCAGGACAACCUCAGCCGAGUCUGCGAGGGCCUCGGGCGCCUGACAGACCCAGCUUGGGCGUGGGCAGCCCCUACCUUGACGGGGUCCCUGCCUGAUGAUGAUGAGCUCUUUUGCCAGGAUCCUGAGGAGGUUACUCAAAACCUGAACAGCUUUGCUGAGGACCAUGCUGCAGUGCCCUGCCCCUUGUCCACCUCAAGCCAGCCACCAGUGGCCCCGCAGCCGCCUGUGGUGAGGCCGUACUUAGCUAGGUUCUCGGAGGCCCUCACUCAACAUGGGUGCUACCCUCAGGCCGUCCCAGACAGUCUGGCCACCCCUGCUACUUCUAGUUCUGACUGAAUUAAAAAUGCUCUGCCUGAGCAGCAGCUGGCCAAGGAGAGCAGCCCUGGGCCCACUGAGCCGCCUGCCUUGUCCACUUCUGCAUGCAGCACCAAUCCUGGUCUGGUGGGGCCAACAGAGAUGGCCCCCAAAACUGUCCUUGUGUUUUCAGAAUCUGCCAAGCCCCCUGCCCAGCAACCAGAUCCAGCUCACCCAGGGGGGCCAGAACCCCGGAAGACAGGGGAGGUAGGUGGCCCACAAGGGGCGGUGGAGACCCCAGCAGAGCCACCUUUUUCUCCUGCUCUCCAUCCUGCAGCCCUGGAUUCUGAACAGGUCCCAGGCAGGUGCAGUGGUGCUCCUCGUGAUGAAGUGGCCUUUGUAGCCAAGGAAUCCCGCAGCCCCUCCCCCCCAGGACCGAGUGGCAUUGCCAGAUGACUCUAGAUGUAGUGCUGCCAGGUGUGGCGCUGUCCACUUGCCCCAUUGCUGGGCAGGAGGGGUACUUGUUUAGACUCUGCCUUCGUCCUCCCCCUCCCCCACCGCAGCAGACCGCUGGCCUCUGCCCUUGCUCCUCAUUCUCUGACUUCCUCGAUGGCACAGAGGCUGCUUCCUGCAUCCCCACACCUGCCCUUGGCGUGCCAUCUCACCUGGGUUUGUUCUCACUAGUUGGACAGAGCUCUAUAGAUCAGUCCUCAUCAUAUAUUUGCACUGUCUUUGUAACACACACACACACGCACACACACACACACACAGAACCCCCUUCAGUGCUGGCUGCAACUGGACUGGGUUUGCCAUGCCAGCCUUUUGGGGAUUUGGUCCCUGUUUGGUCUUUGCUUUGCCCCCCACCCCUAUCUGUUUCCCGUGACCUGUCCUCUGGGCUGGAAUAUAAGGAGGAGGUGGCCACUUUCAUUGUUGAGUGUGAGUCAGAUGGUGUCUUGGUAGAGAAAGGUGCUUUUCUGUGUGUUUAGCAGCAGCCCUGAUCAGCUGGGAAGGCUCCAGUACAGGAAGGUAGAAUGCAAGCUGCCUUUCAGUCUCAACUCUGUUCCAGGCAUUCUCUUCUGUGUUAACGUUCUAGUCACCUGCUUUCUUCCAUUUUCCUAUCUCAGUGCCUUUGCCCUGAUGCCCUUCCACUUUCUGCUCUUCCGCAGUCACUGCCUUUUGCUCGCUCUUGCACAUUGCCGAUUCAGCACUGAGCCCAGCACUGCUGACUUGUGUAUCUGCGUAGACUGAGCCUCUAGGGCAGGAGCUCCAUCUUAGCUCGUGUCCCUGACACAGCCAGUGCUCAUUAAAUGUGCGGCGGAUCCAUGGCUGGGCCUGCGGCGUGGUGGCUGCCCACAAGCAGAGUCUGUUCCGUUGGCAGGAGCAUUGUGCCCGUUCUGUCAGGAACAGAGAGGCCAGGCCCCAGCCCCAAGCACCCACACCAGCUCAGUGUUGCAUGUAUGGUUGGGAGCUCAUGAUGGGAAGGGUCUGGUUGAGGAGUUGGGCUGAAUGGGUGGGAGUGGGAGGCCUGACAGGUGAAGUGUGGCCUUGAAAACUGACUUUCCUGCGAGUAGAGGUGAAGUGAGGAGCAGGCAGCAGACCUGAGUUGGGAGGCCCCAGGGGGCCAGAGGAUUGGAAUGAAGAAAGACCUGUUCUGCACAAGGAUGGGUUUUCUAAUAAUGAGCUGAGCUGGGAAGCUCCCUCAAGCUAAACUGAACACAGGAUUGGUACAGUGCACCGAUCAGAGCAGUGGUUAGGCAAGAAUUUCAAGCCCCUUUCAGCUUUACAAUUGUGUAAACAAAAGAACGCCUUCCUGGAAAGAAGAAAUAAGUAGAAAGAAGAAAUAAGUGGAAAUGGGAACUGCAACUCAGACUAGUUAUUGUAGGAAAAAUUGUAAUAUGCAAAACAUCUGAUAAAAAUUUUUAAGCACAUU